UAACCGCAGUGCCGCCGCCGCCCCGCCUUGCAGGCCCCGACUGUCAUCGCCUUUGGGCGUGGGGGUACCUUGGCCACCGUCCCCGGAACUAGGCCUGCCUGCCUCCCAGAGAUAACCCCACCUGCCCCUCCACGCCGCCGCCGCCGCCGCCAUGCAAGGGGAGGACGCCAGAUACCUCAAAAGGAAAGUUAAAGGAGGAAACAUUGAUGUCCAUCCAUCAGAAAAAGCACUCAUUGUUCAUUAUGAAGUUGAAGCUACCAUUCUUGGAGAGAUGGGGGAUCCCAUGUUGGGAGAGCGAAAGGAAUGCCAAAAAAUCAUUCGUCUUAAGAGUCUCAAUGCUAACACGGAUAUAACUUCCCUGGCCCGAAAGGUGGUCGAAGAAUGUAAACUCAUUCAUCCCUCAAAACUACACGAGGUGGAGCAGCUGUUGUAUUAUCUACAAAACCGCCGUGAUACAUUGUCGGGAAAAGAAAAAAAAGAAAAAUCAAGCAAACCUAAAGAUCCACCUCCUUUUGAAGGAAUGGAGAUCGAUGAAGUUGCUAACAUUAAUGACAUGGAUGAAUACAUUGAAUUAUUAUAUGAAGAUAUUCCUGACAAGGUUCGGGGUUCUGCUUUGAUCCUGCAGCUUGCUCGAAACCCUGACAACUUGGAAGAACUACUCUUGAAUGAAACUGCCCUUGGUGCAUUAGCAAGAGUCCUGAGAGAAGACUGGAAGCAAAGUGUUGAGUUAGCUACAAAUAUAAUUUACAUCUUUUUUUGCUUUUCCAGCUUUUCUCAGUUUCAUGGACUUAUCACCCAUUAUAAAAUUGGAGCUCUAUGCAUGAAUAUCAUUGAUCAUGAAUUGAAAAGACAUGAGCUUUGGCAAGAAGAACUUUCUAAGAAGAAGAAAGCUGUUGAUGAAGACCCUGAAAACCAAACCUUGAGAAAGGAUUAUGAAAAAACAUUUAAAAAAUACCAGGGGCUUGUGGUAAAACAGGAACAGCUUUUACGAGUUGCUCUUUAUUUACUUCUGAAUCUCGCUGAAGAUACUCGUACAGAACUGAAGAUGAGGAACAAAAACAUAGUUCACAUGCUGGUGAAGGCUCUUGAUCGGGACAAUUUCGAGCUGCUUAUUCUGGUUGUGUCAUUCUUGAAGAAACUCAGCAUAUUUAUGGAGAAUAAAAAUGAUAUGGUGGAAAUGGAUAUUGUUGAAAAACUGGUAAAAAUGAUACCUUGUGAGCAUGAAGACCUGCUGAAUAUCACCCUUCGGCUUUUACUGAAUCUGUCCUUUGACACAGGACUGAGAAAUAAGAUGGUACAAGUUGGACUGCUUCCCAAACUCACUGCACUUCUAGGAAAUGAAAACUACAAACAAAUAGCAAUGUGUAUUCUCUACCACAUCAGCAUGGAUGACCGCUUUAAAUCCAUGUUUGCGUACACUGACUGUAUACCACAGUUAAUGAAGAUGCUCUUUGAAUGUUCAGAUGAACGAAUUGACUUGGAACUCAUUUCUUUCUGCAUUAAUCUUGCUGCUAACAAGAGGAAUGUACAGCUUAUCUGUGAAGGAAAUGGGCUUAAGAUGCUCAUGAAGAGGGCUCUGAAAUUCAAGGACCCCCUGCUGAUGAAGAUGAUUAGGAACAUUUCCCAGCAUGAUGGGCCCACCAAAACCUUGUUUAUUGAUUAUGUUGGGGACCUUGCAGCCCAGAUCUCUAAUGAUGAAGAAGAGGAGUUUGUGAUAGAAUGUCUAGGAACUCUUGCAAAUCUGACUAUUCCAGACUUAGACUGGGAGCUAGUUCUCAAGGAGUACAAGUUGGUUCCAUACCUCAAGAAUAAACUAAAACCAGGUGCUGCAGAAGACGACCUUGUUUUAGAAGUGGUUAUAAUGAUUGGAACUGUAUCUAUGGAUGACUCUUGUGCUGCGUUGCUGGCUAAAUCUGGGAUAAUUCCUGCACUCAUUGAAUUGCUAAAUGCUCAACAAGAAGAUGAUGAAUUUGUGUGUCAGAUAAUUUAUGUCUUCUAUCAGAUGGUUUUCCACCAAGCCACGAGAGACGUCAUAAUCAAGGAAACACAGGCUCCAGCAUAUCUCAUAGAUCUGAUGCAUGAUAAAAACAAUGAAAUCCGAAAGGUCUGUGAUAAUACGUUAGACAUUAUAGCGGAAUAUGAUGAGGAAUGGGCUAAGAAAAUUCAGAGUGAAAAGUUUCGCUGGCAUAACUCUCAGUGGCUGGAGAUGGUGGAGAGUCGUCAGAUGGAUGAAAGCGAGCAGUACUUAUAUGGGGAUGAUCGAAUUGAGCCAUACAUACAUGAAGGAGAUAUUCUUGAAAGACCUGACCUUUUCUACAACUCAGAUGGAUUAAUUGCCUCAGAAGGAGCCAUCAGUCCAGACUUCUUCAGUGAUUUUCACAUUCAGAAUGGAGAUGCAGCGGGGCAGCACUCAUUUCCCAGCAGGUGAGGAGUGAGCUUCUUGACUCAAGUGGACACAUGAGACUAUGUGGGCAGCUCCUGUCUGGAGGGGAGAUGGCUGAAUGGACACAGAAAUACAGGGUGGAGAGAAGGAGUGUGCUGUCACAUUAGGGAGAGAGCAACUAGGAGUAUAUAAAAAAAAAUAUAUAGCAAGGUGUAUAUAAAUUUUUGUAUGAGAGAUUGACUUCAGUCGUAAACGUAAAGAACAAUAAAAAUUAAAAAAAAAGUUAUCAUGACCUUUUCGUUAUUUAUGAAGUUGUUUUCCUCUGACUUUUUCUCAGAGGAGAGCAUGCUUCAUGAAGUCUUUAAAAAGAACUCCUGAUGUUAGUAAUUUUUCCAGACAUGGUGAUUACAAAACAAGGUACCCAGAUACCAUUUGCCAAAGUUUUUUUUUUAAUGCUAAUACCAACACAUAGGAGUAAAGAAGCAUUCUGAUAAGCCUCUGAUGGGCAUGUAAAUUGAUGAAACCUUUGUGGAAUGCAUUUGGUAAUAUAAAAAAAAAGUCUUAAAUUGUUCACUUCCUUUAACUCAGUUACUUCACUUCUAAGAAUUUAUCCUUAUGAAGUAAUCAAAGGUAAAGAGUGGGUGAAUAAAUCUGUAUGUGAAAGAAAAUAGCCACACUGAGUAUACUGAGGUGCGUCCGUGGCGUUGUGGAGUGAGCAUUGAGCACACCGAGGUGCGUCCGUGGCGUCGUGGAGUGAGCACUGAGCACACCGAGGUGCGUCCGUGGCGUCGUGGAGUGAGCACUGAGCACACCGAGGUGCGUCCGUGGCGUCGUGGAGUGAGCACUGAGCACACCGAGGUGCGUCCGUGGCGUCGUGGAGUGAGCACUGAGCACACCGAGGUGCGUCCGUGGCGUCGUGGAGUGAGCACUGAGCACACCGAGGUGCGUCCGUGGCGUCGUGGAGUGAGCACUGAGCACACCGAGGUGCGUCCGUGGCGUCGUGGAGUGAGCACUGAGCACACCGAGGUGCGUCCGUGGCGUCGUGGAGUGAGCACUGAGCACACCGAGGUGCGUCCGUGGCGUCGUGGAGUGAGCACUGAGCACACCGAGGUGCGUCCGUGGCGUCGUGGAGUGAGCACUGAGCACACCGAGGUGCGUCCGUGGCGUUGUGGAGUGAGCAUUGUUUUCACUUUGUACCACAAGGUUCGUCUGCAUAUUAGAUUCCAUUGAACAGGUGUUCUGUUUUAAGUAAACCCAGUAUAUGAAGGUCAGAAUAGGUAGAAAUGGAUAUAUUUAGCAAUAGGAUUCUCCUUACAUAAAAUUCUUCCCUUUUUUUAAAGGUUAACCACGGAGACCUUUUAAUUUACUUCCUUAUUUAUAAUUCCUUUUUUAAUAUAAAAAAUGCAUAUUCACCUAUGAUGUUUUGGUAGCAUAAACUUUGGUAACCACUCCCAUAUCUAUAAUUCUAAUAAUUAAAAAUAGUAUGAUUAGGGAUAUUUAGUUAUUCCAUUUAUAUUCAUUUGCAUAUAUUAUAACAGGUUUGGUCAUUUAAUAUUUAAAGGUAUUUUCAUUUUAGGAUUAGCCUGUUAUUAAACAGUGUAUAAUAUUAAAAACAAAAACUUACUGAGAGCCUUGUAUACAUUAUACAUUUUGCUUACUCUUUGUUUUUGGCAUGUACAUUUACAUAAGUCCCUAAUACUUGUUCUUAUCUGUAUCUAGGUUGGGAUAUUUGCAAGAGUUGUUUCUCAGUUUACAUAGAAUUUUGUUAAGUCAUAAUUAAAACACAUACAGUAGAGCCCUUUAUAGCAACAGUGAAGUUGGGUGACAGGACAGUAUCCUGUUUACUUUUUAAAGGUUACUCUGUUUCACAGUGUAUGAUUUCAGUCUGUGCAAAUUUCUAUUAUAAUUGUAUUAAGUUGUCCAAAUGACACUAUUUUUAAUAUGUAUACACAUAUAUUUCAAGCCUAGUGAUAAAUGCUGUACCAAGGUAUAACUGCAAAACCAAUAGAAAUAAUUUUAAGUUCUUCUACCUUUAUCAGUAUUAACCAAACAAAUGUGUGGUAAUAUUUCUUGAAAUGAAUAAAACCGUUCAUAAGAAAUAAUACUAUGUGACAGGUAAAAUUAUACCUAAGGGAAAAAAGUAGCCUUUUUACUCUUCCACUGUGGAAUGGUGAAGGCAGGAGAAGAAGAGUGGCAGUAGAUAGGUAACACAGUUCUGGUGAGAAAGUCACACCAGUGCAAAUCCGUGCUUUCACACUCGGGGACUCUUGCUCUAACGCCGCCCUUACGUUAAAUCUCCUUUUUCUUUUUUAAUACUCCCAUAGCAAUUCUGUAAGUUACUUUUUUAUUUAAGAAGAUGGAAUGUUUUAGGAGCUUUCUAAAUGUUUCAGAGAAUAAAAUCUAAGUAUACAAAGGCUAAUAACUUGCAUUUAUGUAGCAUUUUACCAGUUUAUGACUAUAUCUUCAUGUAUCUCAUUGAUCAUCAACAAGUCUGUGAGGCAGAUAGGGUAAAAAGUACUUUUGUCCCUAUUUUAACAGACGUGGAAAUUAAGGCACAAAGAUUUUUAAGAGACUAAGCCAAAACCACAUAGCUAAUAAAUAGUAAAGCCUUUAAACUUGGCAAGAGCCAACACUCCUACACUCUACUGUUAUACCAUACAGCCUGCAAAUGACAGGCACAUCUAUUAGUCUGUCCGUGAACUCUGCUUUAUAAAGUUCAGAGUAGUCAUUAUUAAAAUUCAGAAUAAGAUGUUCAGGCUUUGUUGCACAAAACAACAUAUUUUAAUCUGUUUUGGUUUAAUAUGUUUGACAUGGCUUAUUGCAAUUUAGUACUUCAGAUUUGCUUGGAGACAAGUUGCUGAAAGUUUACUAACACACUGUGUAGUUAGUUCGCCACAGUUAAUUCUCUUACACAGUUUACUGCUGGUAGACGCCGUAGCGUCGGCUGCAACUUAUGGCGCCCGUCUGUAUAACAGAAGGAAGCUAAAUUCUCUGCAGAUUAAAUCCAGUUGUAUAAAAAAUGAGGAUGAAGUUAGAUUAGCCUCAGUCUAGAAGUGUUGCAGGUCUUGUGCAAAUCAUUUGUUUAUUUAAUUAACCAAUCUUAGUUCUCGAGUGCGUGAUCCAUUGUUUUAUGCCUGUAAAUGAAGCUUCACGGCCUUAUUAUCAGCUAGUCUUAUUUGUCUAGGCUUUUUAUAGAGCUGACUUCUCUCCAGCCUUUAAAGGCAAGGAAAUUCAGAUCCAUUGCUUGAACACUAAUGAUUUGCAUUUCCCAAGGAGAACUGAAUUAAAGUUUUAUUAGUAAAUUGGGCCUAUAACCUUUAAGGCCAGAUUUUAUUAGAUUAUCACACAUCAGCAUUAGCAAAUUGUAAACUUUACUGAAAUACAGGAAUACAAGCCAAAAACCAAGGCUUAGAAUCCUGGAAACUUUGGAAGAUGUUUCAGCCUACAGAAAUUAUGCUCCUGACUUGGAAAAAUGUUUAAAGUGAGUUACUUCCCUUUGAAAAUGUAGAAGCAAGAGAAGAGCCACCAUCAUCGAGACUGUUAAUCGUCAGUCUGGUGAUCAGAGCAGAAUUCUUGGAGGCAUGCAUAUUAGCUGUACGUAGGGUGCUCUCAGAGGAAACCGGACUUACUGUCGCUUCAUUAGGAAUUUCAUUAAGGAUAAGAAAUUCAGCAGAACUAAGUCUGUAAAUAAAAAACAAUCUGAAUAUGACCAGAUCCUACUAAAAUGUUAACACAUCAAUUAUGGCGUAGCUUUGUACUUUUUUUUUGUACUAGAAGAAUAGACAUGGGAGUUAAUCCAAUCAUGACUGGUAGGUUAAUUAUGUCAUCAUCAUUUUUUUGUGUAUUAAUAGCAAUUUUGUUGGCUGUAUAGAUAUGUAAAAAUCAGUUAUAUAUUUAAACGGAAAAAAAGUAGAAUGUCCUUCAGCAAAGGUAACUGCUCUUAUGACCUGUUUGACCUCUUAUUCCCCCCCCAAAAAAAUAAUUAUGAGACCUAUUUUAAGGUAAUAGGACACAAAUUGCUAUUACAAAGGCUUACUUAUUCAUAUUUAAUAAAAGCAACAAAAUGCUAUGUAGUUUGGUUGAUAAGCACCACCACGUUCAAAAAAAAAAAAAAAGUGGGAAAGUGUAUCAUCCCUAUUUCCUCUAAGUCUGGAUUCAGUGAUACUGAGUUUACGCCUAAACCAAGGAUAUUUUCUAAUGUAAGUUUGAUUUAUUAGGCCAUCUGUGUUUCUAUUGACGUAACAGUGUAAAUUAAGUAUUAUAGCAGUUUUCUUACAUUAGAAAAAUUAAAGACUCAAAUAUAAAAAAAAAAAAAAAA